UAGGCCCCGCUCCCCUGACCGGCGUUUGUUCCCCGAGCAGGUCUCGGUGCUGUAUUUCGCUAGGAGCGCGGAGCUGGCGGGGCUGCGCUGCGAGACGCUCUCUGUGCCGCGGCAGAUCACCUCUCUGCAGCUCUGGGAGGAGAUCGUCAAGGUUCACCCAAGGCUUGCUGUCAUCCGGGAUCAAGUGGUUUUUGCUGUUCGGCAGGAGUACGUGCUUCUUGGAGAUCAGCUCCUGGUCCUGCAGUCCGGAGACGAGGUUGCCAUCAUCCCACCAAUUAGUGGAGGCUGAAUCUGCCCCAGUUCUGUUCGCUUUUCUAGUCAACUAUGGAUGAAAGCGAAGAUGUGCCAAAAGAUUUUAUCAAGCUCAAGUCUGAAAAGCUCUCUGUAGAUGAAGUGUCAGAGCUGGUCAUUUCACCAUACUGUGGGGCAGUGUCUCUGUUCAUUGGUACCACAAGAAAUAAUUUUGAAGGCAAAAAAGUGAUUCACUUAGAAUAUGAAGCAUAUACUUCGAUGGCAGAGACCGAAAUAAAGAAAAUCUGCAGAGAUGUUAGACAGAAAUGGCCAUCAGUCAAACAUAUUGCAGUGCACCAUAGACUUGGCGUGGUUCCAAUAACUGAAGCAAGUGUAAUUAUUGCAGUGUCCUCUCCACACAGAGCAGAAUCCCUUGAAGCUGUAAUGUACUGCAUCAAUACCUUGAAAGCAUCCGUCCCAAUAUGGA